CAUGUCAUAACCACUUCAACCAGUCCGUAUGGUUAAAACCGAUCCAUAUAUUAUGACCGGUUCACUCCCUAAUAAACCGACCCAAUUGUCUUAUCAUUUCUCUCUCUCCCUUUCUCGUCAAAUUUCUUUUCCCUCUCUACACAGGUCACCGGCCGCCGGCAUUCCAGCAUUCCGGCAAUAUCACCAUCCUACGUCCAGCAACUCCUCCAGAUAUCCGACGUAUUCCACAUUCAUUGCUACUCAGUAUAUUUCAUUGAUUUCUCCUCUUUAAGAAAGUUCAAAAUCAUUGGGUUUCGCUUCUGUGAUCAGUUAAAGAUUGACGCAUUUUGUAGAAUCUACUCGUUACGUGCGAAGAGUUAGGGAUUUUGCUUUUCUUCACCGAAAGAAGGUCGCAGAAUCCAAGUUUUGCCCAAGUUUAUGAAGGGAAAAUAAUUCUGAAUUUUUCUCCUCUUUAAGGGGAAAAUAUUUAGACUUUUCUAUUUUGGUGUUCGGAUUUCUACAUUCUUAUAACCCCUUGUCAUCUUUCUUUGGAUCCUGCAUUAUCCAAAGAAGUGAGUUUUUUGGGCUAUAUUGAUUGUGUGUGAUGAGCUGUUGACGAAAAAGAAAAAAGAAAUACAAAUUUGUGAGUUGAGUAGUAAUUUUAUGGGGAGAAAUGUGCUGAUAAAGUAGUUAAUCACAGGGGGGUGGGGGAAUUUGGGCAUAAUGGGGCUAAAAACGUCAGCUCUAGCAGAAAGUCGUUUGGAAAAACUAAAGAGUUCUAUGUUAUCCAAGUCUAGAAUGAAGUUAUGGGUGAUAAGGAUAACAACAUCAGUGCUUAUAUGGAUUUGCUUGGUACAAUUGACGAUAUUGGGAGAGACUUGGGGGCCUAAAGUUUUAAAAGGAUGGCCCCCUUGUCUUUCUCAGGAAUCAGCUGCAGUACUGGCUGUUAAAUCGUCGUCUGAGGUCCCUGCCAGAGUUCUUCCACCAAAGAGGGUUUACAGGAAUAAUGGUUACCUCAUGGUUUCAUGCAAUGGUGGGCUUAAUCAAAUGCGGUCAGCGAUAUGUGAUAUGGUUGCUAUAGCAAGAUAUUUGAAUGUGACUCUUAUUGUUCCCGAGCUGGAUAAAACCUCCUUUUGGGCUGAUCCAAGUGAAUUUCAAGACAUAUUUGACGUUGAUCACUUCAUAAUGUCCUUGAGAGAUGAAGUUCGAAUAUUGAAGGAGCUACCUCCAAGACUGAAGAGGAGAGUAGAAUUAGGACUGACUCAUACUAUGGCUCCUAUUAGUUGGUCUGACAUUUCCUACUACCAUAAUCAGAUUCUUCCCUUAAUUCGGCAGUAUAAAGUAGUUCAUUUGAACAGGACUGAUGCUCGACUUGCCAAUAAUGGACAACCUAUGGAAAUUCUAAAGCUACGAUGCAGAGUUAAUUUUGGUGCAUUGAAAUUCACCCCUCAAAUUGAAGAGUUGGGUAGAAAGGUUGUCAGACUACUCAGGCAAGAGGGUCCUUUAAUGGUUCUGCACCUGAGAUACGAAAUGGAUAUGUUAGCUUUCUCUGGCUGUACUCAGGGAUGCAACCAGGAGGAGGUGGAAGAGUUGACAAGAAUGAGAUAUGCUUAUCCAUGGUGGAAAGAAAAAAUUAUAAAUUCAGAUUUGAAAAGAAGAGAUGGUCUGUGUCCUCUGACACCUGAGGAAACUGCUCUUACUUUACGGGCAUUGGACAUUGAUCCUAGUAUUCAAGUGUACAUCGCAGCUGGGGGGAUUUAUGGUGGAGAAAGGAGAAUGGCUAGUCUUGCUGCAGCUUAUCCUAAUUUGGUAAGGAAGGAGACACUACUAGAGCCUUCUGAGCUAAGGGUCUUUCAAAAUCAUUCCUCCCAGAUGGCAGCAUUAGAUUAUCUUGUUUCUCUGGAGAGCGAUAUCUUUGUUCCUACAUAUGAUGGAAACAUGGCUAAAGUUGUUGAAGGACAUCGCAGAUAUCUUGGAUACAAGAAAACUAUCUUGUUAGACAGAAGGCAUUUGGUAGAUUUAAUAGACCAACAUAAUGCUGGAUCAUUGACAUGGGAUGAGUUCUCUACCGCUGUUAAGGAAGCUCAUGUUGAACGUAUGGGCAACCCAACAAAGAGAUUGGUCAAUGAAGACAGACCUAAAGAGGAGGAUUAUUUUUACUCCAACCCGUGGGAGUGCUUAGAACCAUCUUAGCAGCGUGUAAAUCACGGUGGUUGUUACAUUCUGGUAGAGAAAAGUACUUCCGCGUACUGACAAAUUUGGAGGACAUAAAAGCAUUGUGCUGGAUUUUGCUUCGCAGUAAAGGAAUGAUACACUUGAAAUCCUGAGAUCAUCGUCCGAAGCAUUUGGAAAGGGGUUAUACAAAAAUAUCUUUUUUAUUUCUUCAGAUACUCAAUAAUCGAAUACAUGUAUAGAAACUGUCCUGCCAUUGCAAGGGAUACAUUAUACACACAAGGGUACAAUAUAGAUUUGUAUUGCCACAACUUUUGGAUUUGUCAAAUUUAAAUUCUACUCCAAGUUGAGCCA